AUGGAGGAGAAAAGUGGAAUCAGUUCAAGUGGUGUCAUCACAGUCAAGGGAGAUGAAGCUUUGGCCUCAAGAACAGAGUUUCAACAAAACCCUAGUUUUCUUCAGUCCGUGGGACCUACGACUGUUGUGUCUCCUUCCCCACCUCCACCUCCAACCACCGUGAUUCCUGGGUCAACCGCCGCAGCUCCACCAUCAAUCACAAGCGCAGGGUCAGAUCUGACGAAGAAGAAGAGAGGAAGGCCAAGAAAAUACGCUCCAGAUGGAAGUCUGAACCCUAGGGCUUUGAGACCAACACUCUCUCCCACUCCAAUCUCAUCUUCUAUUCCAUUCUCUGGAGAUUACAAUCAUCAUUCUAACUGGAAACGAGGAGAAGCUCAGCAGCAGCAACAUGUUGAUUUCAUCAAGAAAUCUCAUGAAAGCAGCCAAGCUCCUCCUUCUCCUGGACUCUCAUGCUAUGUUGGUGUAAAUUUUACAACACAUCAGUUUACAGUCAAUGCCGGUGAGGAUGUAACGAUGAAAGUUAUGCCGUAUUCCCAAGGAUCUCGAGCUAUUUGCAUUCUUUCUGCAACUGGUUCCAUCUCUAAUGUCACACUUCGUCAAUUUACCACCUCAGGUGGCACUCUUACAUAUGAGGUAAACCUAAUGAACAUGGAAUCAAAUUUCUCUAUUUUCUUGGUUCUUGAUUGUUUUUUUACAGUUCUUGAAACUAUAUAUUCUUUUUUUUCUUGGCUUAGGGAUCGAUUUGAGAUACUUUCGCUUUCUGGUUCUUUUAUGCCUACUGAAGACAGAGGAACUAAAGGUCGGUCAGGUGGUAUGAGCAUUUCUUUAGCAGGACCAAAUGGCAAAAUCAUCGGCGGUGGCCUUGCCGGUAUGCUCAUAGCAGCCAGUCCUGUCCAGGUAAUAAUGGGAAGUUUCAUUGUAAUGCAUCAAGCAGAACAAACACAAAAGAACAAACCUCGAUUCAUGGAUGCUUCUCCACCACCACAACAACAACAACAUCCUACUUUCUCCAUAACCACCGUGAAUUCUACUUCUCCGGUGGUGGCCACAGUAGAGGAGCCAAACCAACAAACCUACGGUGGUGGUAUAAUGAGACCACUGGCUCAAAUGCCCUACGAAAAUUCAGCUAUGAACAAUUUCACAACGACCUAUCAUGGAGACCAGAAUAUGCACAAUGGGACUAAAAAAGAAGAUGACUAUGACGAUGGUGGUGAUGAUAAUGAUUCCUGCGAUACUAGGAGCCUAUCUAAUGGUGAUGAACUGUUCUUGGAUUUUCUUGUGUAG